AUGUCGCCCAACAUGUCGCUCUUCUCGGUCAAUGCCGUCUUGAUCCUGGCAGCCGACGACUCGUCGCGCAUCCUCGCCAAAUACUACUCUCCUCCUCAUGCUCCUGCCAAUGCCGCAGCCAACGACUUCCCUGGCGCAAACCCCUACCCCCAACUCAAGGACCAGAAAGCUUUCGAGAAGGGACUGUUGGAGAAGACUGCCAAGCAGAACAGCGACAUUAUCCUCUACGACAACCGAAUUGUAGUCUUCAAGAUGGAGAGCGAUGUUAUGCUCUAUGUUGUCGGAGGCGCCGAUGAGAACGAGAUCCUGCUCUACUCUGUUGUUCUGGCUCUACGCGACUCUCUCAACAUCCUUCUCAAGAACUCCGUCGACAAGCGCACAAUUGUCGAGAACUACGAUCUGGUUUCACUUGCCAUUGACGAGAUUAUCGAUGACGGUAUUGUGCUCGAGACGGAUCCCGUCAUUGUUGCAUCGCGUGUCAGCAAGCCCCCUGUCCAAGACAUCAGCAGUGUUCAGGGCAUUGACCUCUCAGAAGAGGGUCUGCUCAAGGCAUGGCAGUUUGGCAAGAUGAAGUUGGGUGAGAGAUUACGACAGGGUCUGUAA